AUGCCCACGAUCGAGCCUGAUACGUUCACGAUCGAACCCGACACAACACAGCCGGCUACAGACAUCUGGGAGAUACCAGACGACCCGUCAGGCCAUGACGGUAUGCCGGUUACAAUACCGGGCGAAACACCAGCAAUUCUCACACCAACCGAUACGGCCAAAUACCUCGGGGUAUGGCUUGACAAACACCCAAAUUUCACAAUACACCGGAAGAAGAUGGUUGCAAAGGGAGCUGGCAGUUUGGAAGCGCUCCGCGGGAUCUCAGGUUCCACUUGGGGAUCAUCACUGAUCGCAAUGCGGAAGGUAUACCAGGCAGUCAUCAUCCCACAGAUACUAUGGGGACUGUCUGCGUGGUACUGCCCGGCAGCCAGGCCGAAAGGCGACCUCGAAAAACUCACCAAUGAACUCACAAAAAUCCAGAAACGAGCAGCAAUCCUGAUCAGCGGUGCUUUCCGCGGGACAGCGGGGGCAGCGCUCGACACAUAA